CCACAGUACAGUGGAUUCAGGUACGAGUACGGGUGGCCGAUCCGCAGCGGACUCGCACUCGGGAAACGCAGCAUCAAGCGGUGACGGCCUUGCUUUUAUCGAUUGGCCCCUCCUUCCAUUGGGUUCCCCCUCCAUAAUAAUUUCAACAGAUUCGCCCGCGAUAAAAGAGCUCUUGUCCCCGAUUCCUUUCCCGCCCCCUUUCUUUCUUUUAUCUUCUUCUCCAUCUGUAUACAAUCAGUAAGCGCUACAAUGUCUGGUCUUCCUCCCGUCUACAUCGUUUCUGCCGCCAGAACCCCCAUCGGUUCGUUCCUUGGCUCUCUCUCUAGCUUGUCUGCUACCGAAUUGGGUUCUGCUGCCAUCAAGGGUGCCGUUGAGCGUGCUGGCAUCAAGCCCGAGGCUGUUGAGGAGGUCUACUUUGGCAAUGUCCUCUCCGCUGGACUUGGCCAGGCCCCUGCUCGCCAGUGCUCCAUGGGCGCUGGUCUUCCCCAGACUACCAUCGCUACUACCGUGAACAAGGUCUGCGCUUCUUCUCUCAAGGCUGUCGUCCUUGGUGCCCAGAACAUCAUGCUCGGCACCUCUGACGUUGUUGUUGCUGGCGGAACCGAGUCCAUGUCCAACACCCCUCACUACCUCCCCAACCUCCGCAACGGCGCCAAGUACGGUGACCAGACUCUCGUCGACGGCGUCCUCAAGGAUGGCUUGACCGACGUUUACAAGAAGGAGCACAUGGGUCUCCAGGCUGAGCUUUGCGCUGUUGAGCACGAAUUCACUCGCGAGGCUCAGGACGAGUACGCCAUCAACUCUUACAAGAAGGCUCAGGCUGCCACUGAGGCUGGUCUGUUCAAGGAGAUCGUCCCCGUUGAGGUCAGCGGCGGCCGCGGCAAGCCCAACGUUACCAUUAACCGCGACGAUGAGGUCAAGAACCUCAACGAGGCCAAGCUCAAGGCCAUGCGCCCUGCCUUCAAGCCUGAUGGCUCUGUUACCGCGCCCAACGCUGCCCCCAUCAACGACGGCGCCGCCGCUGUCGUCCUCAUGUCGGAGGCCAAGGUUAAGGAGCUCGGUGUUAAGCCUAUUGCCAAGAUCCUUGGCUGGGCCGAUGCCGAGCGUGAGCCCGAGCGAUUCACCAUUGCUCCCGCUUCCGCCAUCCCCAAGGCUAUCAAGCACGCCGGCCUCACCGAGAACGAUGUCGACUUGUACGAGAUCAACGAGGCUUUCUCCGUCGUCGCCCUCGCCAACAUGAAGCUCCUCAACCUUCCUGCUGACAAGGUCAACGUCUACGGUGGCUCCGUCGCCAUUGGCCACCCUCUGGGUGCCUCUGGUGCUCGUAUCCUCACCACCCUCACUUCCGUCCUCAAGGAGAAGGGUGCCAAGAUUGGCGUUGCUGGUAUCUGCAAUGGCGGUGGUGGUGCCUCCGCUCUCGUUAUUGAGAACUUGCAAUGACUCGAUAAGGAGAACAGGACGAUACGCGAAUCUAGAAUGUAAAGCAGCUGAUUUUUUUGGUGGAACAUAAAAAAGCACUGUGUUAUGGGAAGACGAAGUACGUCGCCUUCCUCUUAACUUCACUAGUGCCCUUGUAUGGCGUUAUAUAUAAUCAUGACAAAAUCAAAAUACAUAAUAUGACAAAUUGAAUGCACAUUUCACUAUCCAAAUCUUGCAAUGUACUAGGCAGAGAAUUGAUCAUGUCAUUCUUUAAUACCAACAGAAAAGACAUACGCGAAAAAGUAACAAUGUGAGAAAAAAGCAGAAGGAAAGUAUAACACAAAACCAGCGAUAAUAUCAAAAGAAUAAAAGAACACCAACGACGCUCAACAAGAGGUUUUACAGCAAUUUCAGCUCCGAUUUUGCACCUUUAUUCUCCUCCCUUCCCCCCGUGGAACCAUAUAAUAACCGACGGUAAUAGACAAUUGAGCACGUUUGCAACACCAAGUACAAAAAUUAUAAAACAGCCAACUGGAAUACAAACGGAUGGUGUUGAGCAAGCAGCAAAAGCAGAAUGGUCAAGAACUGGGGGCCAAUUUACUCAUCCCGCCACCCACUCUACUCCAUGGCGACAUCCUGCUCAGCAGAAGGGGGUGUAACACCCUCUUCUACCCACUUGCGAAAGUUCGCGUUCUGCUCCUGUACCUCCUCAGGGCUGAGGUCUUUGGUCCAGGCAGGGUUGUGCACCAUCUUCUCGAGGAGCUUGCUCUCGCGCCAGUUCGACAGAGCCUUGGUGAACUUUUCACGGCGCUCUCGCUGCUCCUUAGUCUUGGGCGACUGGUCGUAGAUGAAGUACUCCGAGGUGCCAGGGGUCCAAAUCAUCUUGGAGCUUCGUAGGCAGAUGCUGAUGUUCAGAUUCUCACUGUACGAUAGCGGCUUAGGCAUCGGGUCGUCUUCUGACUCUGCAUCACCAGCUGGUAGGUUUCGUGUCAAGACAACCUUUUGGAGUCUAGAGCGCGGGAUGCCUUCGGUGGGUUCGACGCGGAUGAAAGAAGAGAUGUAGUAUUGCCAGCGCUCCUUCAUCUGCAUUUCGUCCAUAUAGAAGGUGGUAUCGUCGCGCUGUAGCCAACGAAUUGUAGCUUCUGACUUUUGAGGGAACUAGAAUGGACAUUGUUAGUAUAUGGGGAUAUAGGGCCAAAUGAUAGUGGCUUGUUACUUACCCAACAAACAACGAAGAGGUCGCCGUCCUUUACGCACUUCUCUGCAAAUUUUCUCGCGCUGAUCUCGGUCUGGUAGCUGGUCUCUUCCUUAUCGCGGCCAUUCAAGUACUGCUGGAUGAGAUCAGGAGUCUUCUCCUUGGAGUCGGUGCUGCUGCAGGUGAGAGCAAGACGGCACAUGGUCUUGAGGAGAUCCUGGAUGGUGUAGAGCUUCCAUCCAUUGCGGAGAUAGUAAUGACGCAUAACAUCUUGGUAUCUGUUCUCGUCGACGUCGCCGGUAACAUACUCUUCGAUCAACUCAAGAGUCUUGGGCCAGAAGGUGGUAGGGUCGUCGCUCGCAGUGAAGAAUGUCAUUGUGUUCUCAGUGAAACCAAUGUCUCUCGCAGGCUUGGGUUUUUGCAGGCGCUCGAUCUGGGCGGGGACAUCAGCAGAGCUCGCCUUAAUGUCAACCAGUCUCUCGUACAGCACAUGGAAAAUGCUGAAGAAGACAUAAAGAGUCUGGUUGCAGAAGAAGUUGUACCAAGGGCGGCUGAAGAAACCAUCAGCCUUGAGCUCGCCGUCACCAUCAAGAAGAGCUUCAUCGCCAACAACGACGGGCUUCGGCACAGUUGGCAUCCAUCGCUCGUUUGACAUCUCAGCAGCGUCUUCAGAGGCGUCAGCCAUCUCCUCUUCGUUGGCUGAGCCGACGUCAGGCGUCGUUUCCUUACUCUCCGAAGCAACGCUGCCCUCCUUUUGGCCUCUGGGGCGGCUGCCGUUGCGUCCGGGAUCAAGCACCCCUCUAAGGAGAUCUCCCUUCUUGCCAUUGCGGCGACUGCGGCCAUUCGAGAGCUCUGCAGGUGUGGAGUCAUCAGCCUCCUCUUCACCAGAAUCAGGCUGCAUUCUAGGCACCCGCUCCUGGACAGUUUCCUCAGCCAAAUCAAAGAAUGCGGGAACAAAGGUCUCGAAGAAUUCAAGGAUUCUCUCCUUCUCUUGGGUGCUGUGCUGCCCGUUAUGCAUGCUGUAGAGCAUCAUUACGCGGAGAAGAUCAAGAACAACAUCUUUAUCACUAAAGUCCCAGACGAACUGAUGGCGAGAAGCCUUGCCCUUGAGAGCGCGCUCGCGGCGCUGCUCUUCAUGCUUGGUCUUGAUGACAUCAACGAGAUGCUUGGCUGUCAAGUGUCUCUUAUCAGUAGACUUGACAAGGAUACCCAUAUGGUCGAGACUCUUUAGGUGCAUGUUCUCCGUUUGCGCAUGCCAAACCUUCUCCCACUCGCGCUGGGAGAAGCGCCAUUCUUCAUCCUUUUGCUUCAUUCGCGCAAGCAGGACUGGGACAACGUCGAAAGGAUGGCUAUACAUGUCGUUGACAACAUCGAUGCCUCGCUCGCCAUAAAUCUUCUUGCAAAUGCGCUUGAAGAUCGAAGUGCUUUGUCCAGCAAGAGCGGCAGGCAUGUGGAAGUUCUCACGUUCCGCCGGAACCAUGGCGAGCAUUUGCUGCGCAAUGGGCUCAAGCAGCUGAAUGCAUUUGAGGUUGGCUUCAAUAUUAAAGUCGUAAUCAUGACGCUCUUCUUCAAUGCGGUGCAGACCUUCUUCAAACUGGUUCUUGCGAUGCGCAACGAAACCAGAAUCCUCACUAGCCCAAGUAGGAUGCGAGGCCCACUGGUCGUUGAGGACGGAAUUGCACAGCUCAUCACGGCCGCUGCAUGGCUUAAGGCGCUCUCUCUUUGGAAGGAGUCUGUAACUUGGGCCGUAGCCACGGCAGUUGCUAAGAGAGAGUUUGUCGCUGGGAGGUGCUGGCUGGUUGUCAAUGAUGACAUCUUGAGUGUCAACACCAACAAAAGCCUUCCAAAACGUCAUCAAAUCCGGGUUGGCACCAAUGAAGAGGGCUCCUUUGUGGAAGAGAGUGUUUCUGUCAAUAAUGUUCUGGGAGAACAGGUUGCACAGCUUAAGGAACUCGUUCAUAGACGAUCUGUUGCUAAGGAACUUUUUGACCCUCUCAAAGAAGGCAAUUUCGUCCUGUGUAGAUGUCGAUGAAGUCUUUGGUGGGUACGGCUCAGGCAUAACCGGAGUCAAAGUUGGCUCAAUGCUCGAAAGAUCACCAGUGGCCCGAGCAUGGCUAAGCUUGGGGCGCUUGGGGCCGUUCAGACUGGGCUGCGCGAUGCGAGCUGCAGCUGCAGCUUCCAAGAUGGGGGUUCCAGUCGUGCCAGGUUUGUCGCCUCUCUGGCGCUUCUUAUCCUUAGUAGCGCUUGGAGGAGCAAAGCUACCUAGAGGUGGCAUCUUCUGGCCAUCGCGAUUCUGGGCC